AUGAUGCUGCGAACGACGACCCAGCGCGGCCUGCUGCCAUCGGCGGCGUUCCGAUCGAUCCCAACACGCUCAGUGGCUACACCUGCUUUCCGUCUCGGCCCUUCCGAAUCCUGGCGACAAUCCUCGCGCUCGAUACCGGACAGUGCACGCGCUGCUCCCUCGUCGAUUCGCCUUUUCAGCUGCUCGAGCAUGGUGGCGCAACCUACGGCCAAGUACAGCGCCUCGCCGCUGAGUGACGGAGAAUAUCACAAGCUGUCGAACCAGGCGAUCGACUCGCUCACCGAGACGUUUGAAACGCUGCUCGAGGAUGCAGACGUGGACGCACUCGAGCAAGAGGCUCGAUCCAACAUGCAGGGAGCCUCUCGCGGAUCGCCUUCGUCCGAAUGGGACAUCGAAUGCGCCUCUGGCGUCAUGAACCUCAGGUGCGGCGUGCACGGGACGUGGGUCAUCAACAAGCAGCCUCCCAACAAGCAGAUCUGGCUAUCCAGCCCCAAGAGCGGGCCCAAGAGGUUCGACUACGACGCCGACACCAAGACGUGGUUCUGCCACAAAGAGGGCGAAACGUCUACACUGCACGAGCUCCUUCAGGGCGAGCUCUCCGAGGUCUUUGCGACCGACGUCGAGGUCCUGCUGGAAGACGAGUAG